AUGAAGAAGAUGUUCCCACACUCCAGCUCGCGGGUGGCGGCGGAGAGCUGGAGCGAGCGGGACCAGAAGCUUUUGGAGGCGGUGGAGAAGGGCGACGCGGGCCGCGUGGCCGCCCUGGCCGCCCGCGGAGCGGCGCGCCCCGCCAAGCGCGACGCCGCGGGCCGCUCGGCGUUUCACCUGGCCGCCUCGAAGGGGCUCCCCGAGUGCCUGAGGCUGCUGCUGGCCCGCGGGGCCCCCGCGGAGGCGGAGGACGGCGAGGGCAGCAGCGCUCUGCACCUGGCCGCCGCCGCCCGCCAGCCCCGGUGCGUCGAGGUCCUGCUGCAGCACGGUGCCAGCGAGGGCCACGUGGACGGGCAGAGCCGGACCCCGCUGCACCGGGCCGCCUCCUCCGGCUGCGCCUCCAGCGCGCUGCUGCUCUGCGCCCGCGGGGCCCCGCUGGACGCGGCCGACGGCAACGGGCAGACGCCCCUGAUGAUCACCGCGCGGGGCAACCACGCCGCCGUCUGCGCCCAGCUCCUGCAGAGAGGGGCCGACCCCAACCUCGCCGACAAGGACAUGAAGUCGGCGCUGAUCCUGGCCCGCGAGAACUGCAGCGUGGAGGCGGCCGAGCUGCUGCUGAGCCACGGGGCGGCCGUGGCGUCCCGGGACCGCGCCGGCCGCGACGCCCGCCACUACGCCGGGCAGGCGCCGAGCCGCUCGCUCCGGCGGCUCCUGCGCGCCGCGCCGCGCCGAGGGAACGGAGCUGCUCGUCCCGGGAGCCCCGAGACGCAGGCGGCCCCGGCUUGCGACGGCACCGACAGCAGCGAGGAGGAGGAGGAGGAGGAGGAGGAAGACCGUGGCGUGGAGGAGCGGCGGUGCCGCCGCGAGGACGAGCGGGCCGACGUCCUGCAGCCGGAGCAGCAGCUGGCGACGAAGACGCAGGAGCGCGAGCAGCUCUUGGGCGGCCGCCAGCCAGCGGCACGCGGUAUCCGGGAGCGGGAGCAGCUGCUGCCCGGCACGGAGAGCGAUGCCAGGGCAGAGCCGAGCCGGGACGGGCGAUGCCUGAUCCUCCCGGCUGAGCACGUGCAGGAGCCGAGGGGCAGGGAGGAGGAGGAGGAGGAGCAGCGGGAUGAGCCGGAGGCCGCCCGCGGGAGGCUGCGGGAGCUCGAGGGCCACCUGGAAGCCCCGCUCGCCGCCUCCGAGGGGGAUGAGCGGCGGCUCCGGGCGCUGCUGGCGCCGUUCCUCGCCAGGCUGCGGGACGCCUGCGCCAGGCUGCGGGAGGAGAAGCUCGGCGCCUUCGCCCGCAGCGCGGCGCUGAGGAAGGAGGCGGAGGAGGCCCUGGGGCGCGAGCCGCGAGGCGAGGCGGUGUCGGCCGACGCCGUCCGGAAAAGCCGGGCGGCCUGGGAGAAGCUGGCGCUGGGGCUGGAGCAGGCGCUGAGCCGCGCCGACGAGAGCAGCGCCGAGCUGCUGCGGAGGUGCCGGCCCCUCCUGGAGACCCUCAGGGCCCCGCUGAGCCGGGAGCAGCCCGGGGGGCCGUUCCGCGGGGCAGCGCCUUCCCGAGAGAGCGGCAUGGCCACGCCGGAGGAGGUGAAUCUGGGCCGCCCGGAAAACAGCCGGAGCCGAGUGGGCGCGACAGAGAGCGAGGCCGAAGAGCGGCGGCGGGCGAGGAGCUCCAAGCCGGAGGAGGAGGCGCUGGGGCUCAAGGAGAGCAACGGGAAGCUCCUGCGCGAGCUGGCCCGGCUGGGCCGGGAGCGCGAGCGGCUGCGGGAAGAGCUGCGCGGGCUGCGGGAGCGGGACGAGGCGGCGCGGCUCAGACGGCGGGUGGCGGCGUUGCGGGACGGCCCGGGCGCCCAGGCGCGGGAAAAGCCCGGCGGCGCCGGCGGCUGCGUCCUCCAGGAGCUGCACCGCAAGCUGGACGGGCUGGCGAGGAUGCAGCGCGAGGCCUCGCAACUCGUGUCGCAGAUGGAGGGCGAAGACGAGGCGCCCGGGGACGCCCCACGGCCACCGGGUGAAGGAGGCCGCCGGGACGCCGGGGAGGCGGCAGCGCGUUCCCGCCGGGAGACGGCCCCCGGCAGCCCCGACGGCGCCCGGGCGCUGCGGCGGGAGCUGGCGGUGGCCAGCGCCGAGGCCGCGCGCUGGGCCGAGGCCGCGGCCCGGGAGCGGGAGGCGCGGGCGCUGCGGGCCGCGGUGCGGGGGCUGCAGACGAGCGUGGAGAAGCUCAGCGCCCAGGCGGGCGAGCUGGCCAGGGCCUGCCGGGACAAGGAGGGGAAGAUCAAGAAGCUGCUGGCGGAGACGGAGAAGCUCUCGGCGGAGGUGCUGGCGGUCCGCAGCGAGAGCGCCCGGCUGCAGCUCCGGCUGGAGGUCCAGCAGAAGAACCACCAGGACGUGGUGGCCGUCUACAGGAGACACUUGCUCGACGCCGCCCAGGGCUCCAUGGACGCGGCCGUGCACGCUGCGCUGCUGCGGAUCCCGCGCGCCGGGGAGGCCUGA